GAGAACAAAACCAAAAUAAAGUCUUCUAUAACACGAACAUGCCAAACGGGUGGAUCAAGUCAUGGCAAUGCAAAUCAAAAGCGUUCGAUGAUGUCUACAACUUUAGAGCUACUAAAUCACUAAUCUCUUCGAGUCACGCUUGUAGUCGUAAGAGCUCACAUUGCGUCAAAGACGUGAUCGAUACACGUUUACCCAAGAAAAACCCGAAGCCCGACCCGAGUUUAAGGCGUUUGAAGUCUUGUCGAACCGAAACAGAGCUUCUUGUUAACCCACAAACCCGGACGAGAAGGAGCAAAUCUGCCCGAGCGUCUGAAACGCUGACCGAGCUGCCCGACGGUCACCCGUCGAGGAACGUUGUGGAGAUUAUAUUCCAGUCAAGCUGGAGCUCCGACGAGUUUCCGGGUCGGAUCGAGAUGAUUUUCAAAGUAGAAAACGGGUCGAGGACUGUGACCCGGUUCGAAGAGUACAGAGAGGCUGUGAAGUCACGUGCGUGUUUAAACCGAGGCACGUGCGAGGAGGAGGACGCACGGUGUUUGGCUGAUGGUAACGAGAUGAUGAGGUUUUAUCCUGUCCCGGACGGGUUUAAUGGCGGCGCGUGGGAUUUCUCCGGCGGGAAAAGUCAGGCUGUGUGUACGUUUUCCGGUAGCGGCGAAGCGUACGCGAGCGGCGGAGGAAGGAAGGCGAUGAUGAUUUGUCGGGUGAUAGUGGGUCGGGUAGAUGAUAGAAUCGGGUUUGGGUCGGACUCAGUAAUGGGUCGUGACGGCGAGUUGUUUGUCUUUGAUACACGUGCGGUGUUGCCUUGUUUCCUAAUCAUUUUCAGAUUGUAA